AUGUUCUAUGAUCGAGAACAUUCUGUUAUUCGUAGGGACUUGUCGAUCGAUAUCGAGCAUGUCGGUCCGAGCGCUGCUCAGGUAUUCGCUGGAGAAUUCGUUGAGGAUAAGAAAGCAAUGCAAGAAGAACUCGUGCAUGGUUUACUAUCGUUGAUAAUGCGCUCCUUGAGAACUGGUACUAGCUCUCUCUAUUUCAGCGAGGCUUGGAGGGGCAAGAGGAGGAGAAUAAAGAGCUACUUGAACGUUAUCCAGAUUGUUAUGAUAGGGGAAGCUGCACUCGAACUAGCAUUUGCUGAACUUUCGAAGUUGGACUUCGAGACUAGGCUUGCUAUUGACACUGAAGAGGAGGCGUCGACGAGAGCUGCGCGACGAGCUCUAGACGAGUAUAAUGCCGAGCUGUUGAACGGUGACAUUGGGACGAAUUCUGAUUUCAAGGGUGUUUCUCUUAAGGGAAAGCAGGAAGUUCUGGAGUCGCAGGCUCAACAGGUUGAACAAAGGAUUAGGAGAGUCACUGAGGAGAAUGACAGGACAGCCCGGGAUGCAGCGCAAGCUGAAGCUCAACGUUUGGAGGCUGUGAGAAUCCAUGAUGAGCAAGAGAAGCAGCGUCGGAGUGCUGCCAAAGCGCUGGUAGAAGAGAAUAUGCGGCUCGCUGAGGAUCAAAACAGAGUGAGGAUGCGAACUGAGGAGACUUACGCCCCAUCUAUAAAGGAAACCUUCUUCGAUCAGUUCGCCAAGUCCGCAUGUCACUGA